CGUCCGUCUAUCUUGCUCGUGAGAGCAAAUCGAUAGACUCGGUACGACGUCCUCGUGUUCCAAGAUACUUCGGCUCUCCCGGAUACUUUUCCCGAGCGUAUACUUAGUCCCGAUCGGCUUGUCGUGGAGAUACGAGGAAAAAAAUUGUACUAUAGUAUUCCGUUGUUGCAGCGACUCUAGAGACUCUUGUGACUAUUGUAACGGAGUUAAUUAACGGAGGUCCAUGGUGGUGAUUUUUUUUAUUUUUAUUUUGGAUAAUCAUUCCAUGGACCCUAUUAGACUGCGUGACACUUGAUAAACAUACGUCGUGCUCGUGGCGAGUCUUUUUUUUAUGUAUAAGAACGGUGCCGCUCGUACGAAAGCACAUAUGUAUUUUUAAACAGCCGCCUCAGGAAUUCACGGGAGUAUCUUCGAAGAUACCUAACUUAUAUACCGAAUCUCAAUGUGUCGAGGAUCGUUAAAGUUGUAUCCUCGUUUAGUCUCUUUAUAUAAAGAGCUUUGAGCUUCUUAAAUUAUUCAUUCCGAGAACGCUUUAGUCUGCGUAAAUAAAAAUUGUAAAUAAUUUUUAAGAUUAAAUGCUAAGGUGCUUUUCAUCGUUUCGUAUGUAUCGCUGCUUGUAGAUUGUAUCUCUGUAUCUUAAUGCGUUCGUAAAGUCCUAAUUUAGUCUCGUGUAAAAGAUAAGAGACGGCUAGUCGCAGGACGUGUCGCGUGAGCGUAGAAAGUUUGAAAAAUAAUGUGAAAACUCGAGGACCGUAAUAACCGUAUGGAGAAGCGAGCGAACACAUGGAACAGUCCGCGAGCCGCGUUGAGCUUGCAAGACAACGCCGCUGCGCGUUGGCACAUCGCAGCCGCGAAGAUCCGAGUACCACAGCAUCCCGAACCUCGGGCUGUGACCCAGUUUUGAAAAGAUUCGGCCGCGAUGUAUCCGAGAUGCUGCGCCGCUUUGUUCUAUACCCGGAAUCCUCUUUACCAAGGAAGAGGAACGUCGAAUAAGUUUACGUACAUCUGUCCUGAGCAAGAUCAUCGUCUCGCGAGCGGAAAUGCGACGUGUUCUUAGCGGGUGCGGCAGCUGUUCGGCCGAUCCAGAGGGGUUGGGAUGCAGUCGAACGGAUGACUUUGGCGCAACAGGUAGCUCCGGAAACAACAUGGGCAGCAUGGCAAGAUUUCCAAAAUUGGACGAGUGCGCCCACUUUCAUUACGAGCACGUGGAACUCGGAGCCUUAGAAGUUUCCGUCAGCGAGAGUCCUAACGAUGCAGACACUUAUGCCGUCAGGGUGACAUCCGGGGAUGCUUGCUGGACCCUGCAGCGUUCGUACGAUAACUUCGUCAUGUUCGACAAGCAGCUUCAUCGAUGCAUAUUCGAUCGAAAGUUUUCAUCGUUGACGAAACUGCCUGAUGCUCAGCCAGAGAGCACUACCGACGUUUUGAGGAAUUAUUUGGGUCGGUUCUCACAGCUCAAUCACGAAGGUUUAAAUUGUGGUCCAGUACUGAAUUGGCUUCAACUGGAUAACAGAGGAAGACGUAUUCUCGUACCGGAAUCUGACUCUUGUCCUAUAAACACACCUGCGGUGGCUGCUGCUUAUGCAGUGAGACCGUAUACAGCUCAGGCACAAGAUGAAAUAUCUUUUCAGGUUGGAGAUAUGAUAUCCGUGAUAGACAUGCCACCACCAGGAGAAAGCACUUGGUGGCGCGGAAAACAUGGCUUUGCAGUUGGAUUUUUCCCAGCUGAAUGUGUCGCAGUCAUUGGGGAUAAAGUACCGCGUCAUCUGACAGUCUCCACGACAGUGCGUUCAAGGUUACCAGUUAAACCAGUCCUCAGGAAGCACGGGAAGCUCAUUGCUUUCUUCAGGUCGUUUAUUUUAAAUAGGCCAUCUAGAAGACGACUAAAACAGUCAGGAAUACUGAAGGAACGAGUUUUCGGUUGCGACUUGGGUGAACAUCUCUUGAACUCUGGUCAUGAUGUACCAACGGUGCUUACUUGUUGUGCCGAGUUCAUCGAGAAUCACGGCUUAGUCGAUGGAAUUUAUCGGUUAAGUGGCGUCACGUCGAAUAUUCAAAGGUUACGGCAUGCUUUCGAUGAGGAUCGAGUUCCUGCUUUGCACUCCGAUGAGAGUAUCCUUCAGGAUAUACAUUCUGUGGCCUCCUUACUGAAGAUGUACUUUAGAGAACUACCCAAUCCAUUGUGCACGUACCAGCUUUAUUCUACGUUCGUUGGAGCUGUUCAAGCUAGCAGCGAUGCAGAGAGAUUAAGAAGAAUGCGAGAUGCUGUUAGGAAAUUACCACCCCCACAUUACAGAACGUUGGAAUACCUGAUGCGUCACCUUGCACGAGUAGCUGCUCGUGGGGCUGAUACGGGAAUGACACCAAGGAACGUUGCCAUCGUCUGGGCACCGAACCUUCUACGCUGUAAGGAACUGGAAGUUGGCGGGGUAGCAGCACUUCAGGGUGUCGGAGUGCAAGCAGUCGUGACGGAGUUUCUGGUUUGCUAUGCUGAAUUGAUCUUUGGCGAUGGACCAGUUGGCAGACCUAAGUCUUUGGCCAUAACAACUUCUGCGAGGCUUCUGAGUCUCGAAGAAGCCAGGAAUAGGACUUUACGGGGUGAACCUGAUUACAUUGAAGUUGGAGCUGGACCAGCUGGUCUUCCUCUGCAAUAUCAUACAGUGAUAGAGUUGCCGAGAAAGAGGCAUGGAUCGAAACGUUCACCGUCCUUGAAUUGGAGAGCCUUGUUUAGUAGAGGCGGUUUGGGUGCUAGAGGUAAAGCACGACAAGUCGGCACUCCACCUCAAGUAGAAACAAUGCCAAGUUCCUUGAAUUCCUUGCGACGACUCAGACCCGUAAAGAGUGCAGAUAGUCUGGAUGGUGAAGACAGCUUAGGGCCUCUUCUGGGACCGCCACCCACAAGACCUUGUGGACAUAGUCGGUCGGUCUCGCACGAUUCGUAUUUUGAUCACCUGGCCGACGCGCCUAACACUACAUCGCCAUUGGAUCUCUCUGAGAUACAACUGAACUUUGACCUCGAGGAGAGAGAAAUGAGAAUGUUCUCCGAGGAAGAAGGAGGUGUAGCCUCAGUGGAAGCUUCUCCAAGACGACAGAGAACGGAAGGUCCUCAAUGCGCUGCAGCAAGUGGUGGAUCAAAGAGGAAAAGGUCCAGAUUGGAGGAGAGGUUACAUUGCGACGUUGAAUUACGUUUCAUCGAUAGUCAAAGCCCAGAUCAGGUGAUGGUAUCUGCUGAUAUUCAUGGACAAGAAACACCAUCACCAUUGCCAACUCCAGGAUAUUUGCCUCUCCUAUCCGAAGCAUCGACACCAUUGACACCAGCGACAUUGCAAGGAACACCGUUGUCUAUUUCCCCAGUGCCGGCUAACAGUCCUAGGAUAAGUUUUCGAAGUUUCACUUUACCUUUAGACACCAAUGACGAGCAACCUAGCAGAGAUAAAUUAAAUAGAAGCAGCGCGUCUUCCGACAGAAUAGCCGAUUCUAGUCAUAGACUCUCCAUUAAUUUAGACGAUCGGAAUGGCGUUCAAUCCUGCGAGAGGAUACCGACAUAUGAUAGACUCGUAGAGUGUUAUGACACUCGCGUAAAAGGGUCUUCCGAUCUGCAGAAAAAGAGUGAAUCUAACGGUACUGUAUCAGAAUCGUUAGAUCAGGAAAUGACACCAUGCGAUAGAUUAGCUUCUCCCUGUAGUGAGGUCACAGUAUCCAGUAGGAUGACCUCACCCUGCAAGGACACUGCUUCGUCGGAUAGAUCAAGUUGCUACCUAGCUGAAGAGAACACAGCGCGAUGCGAAAGUACUGAUUUGUCUGAACCAAGAAAGCCAGACUCUCCUGGCAAUGGAUCUUUGGCGUCACAAAAUGAGAAUGUAGCAGUUGGAGGCAUGUCCAGUACGGUAGUAAACGAUUUAACAGGCUUGCCAUUGUCUAACACUGACCUUGACUCGCCGAUGUCUUGCGAACAAACUCUAGAGGACUUGCCAGAUUCUGGGUUUGUUAUUUGCGAUAAUUCUGAUAAAAUGCUUACCAAUAACGAAACGCAGCAGUUGACGACGACCACCAAUGACUCUGAGGAAUGGGUUAUGGUCGAGAGGACAACAGAAUCUGCGUUGACGCCAAACAGUGAAUCCAGCAGUCGAAAGGAUCCUCUCGAGGACACGGUCAAUCCUGCCAUAGCUAUUGAUGCACCACAACUACGUUCCAGGUCAGAAAAUGUCUCUAGAACAUCCCUAGAUCUUACUAUGGGCUCUACGGUAGACACUGAUACGUCCUGCAUUGGAGCUAGUGAUUUGACUGAAAGUCCUGUCCUGGUACAGGAUUCUGGAGACAUGACGUUGGAUAUUAAUGAGAGCAAAGAGUGCAAGGAACUUAUGGACCACGAGGAUGAUUCUAAAGAGAAAAAGAAAUCUUCGGAUAAUGAUCCAAGAUAUAAUUUACAAGAAACAAGUAAUGGAUUUGCAAAUGAGAAUUGCUCUGUUCAGGAUCAAAAAUAUUCUCAGAAUCAGACUAAUGGGAAUGACAAAAGAAGUGUCAAUUUAAAAUCUGAUCAAGAGUCUAGUCGAAUGGAACAUGAGAACUCCGAGAUCUAUCGUCUUCCUGAUAAUAAUACAAAUGUCUAUCAUACCAAUGUGAACGAAGCGCACGAAAAUAAGAAUCUCGACAACUCACAAUCAUCGGCAGCGAGUCACGAACGUCUUCAGUAUCAAAAACAACGUUCCCAUUCGGUACACCAAGAAACUCAUUUUAAUAAAAAUUCCGAGCGUCACGAUUACUCUAAUGACUCGUCCAUAGAGUGCAAGAGAAAUCUUUCUCGAUGUUCUGAAAAGCAGUCAUUCGAUAAAAAUUCAGACAAAUGCCAGGGAUACCCUCAUAGUCCUCAAAAACAGCAGAAUCAUUCUCAACAACAUAAAUAUGUAUCUAAACACGUUCACGAGAAUGCAAAGAGAAACAAUAUAAAAAAUAGUCAACUCCGCGAUGACCUGGAAGUGGUGAUACCUUCCGAAAAUGCAGCUGAACCCUGUGAAAUUGCUCAUGCACCAGAAGGAGCGUCCGAAGCGACGUCCUUAAAUUCAUCCUGCACAUUCUCAAACGCAUCCUCUCCCGUAGAUGAAUCUGUGGUUCUUCGGGAUACAGCAACCAUCCUACAAGAACUUGCCUUACAGCGAUUAUCAGGUGGUGGCGCAGCCGACAUACCAAUACCGCCAAGAAGAAGAUACGAUUCCGAAGUAACAAGAGAUCGACGGAGCUUUGAUUCAGAAAUUGGUAGAGAAAUUGUAAGGGAGCGUAAAAUGAGACAGGAACUUGAUUGCGCACGAGGUAAAUCCGAGGAACCGCCUAACAGCAUUACGUCAUCACAACAUCUGCCGCCAUGUUUGCGCGCCCGACAAGCCAGAGCAACUCGUACAGCAUUGAGUCGAUCUUUGGACGAGGGAAAAUUCAAUCGUAUGACCGGUGAUACGUCACUCUCCAGGAAGCCAGCUUCCGAAGAUUUGCAGCACAGCUCCACGCCUAAUGUCGGUACGGAAUUGUCAAUAUCCUCUUCGAGCAGUUCCGAAAAAGUCCAGCUGAAGAAUCUGGGCGGCUUGGAUCUUGGCGAUCCACGUUGUCGCGAGCGGAUAGAAAAGUACAAAGAAGAGAGAAGAACAUUUCUCAGAGAUAAAUACAGAUCGGAGAGCUUUCGCGGGAUAACGUCCAGAGCUGAAGACGAUGAAGAGCAAGCUUUACUAGCCAGAUUGAAACAGCGAGCUUCCAGACCCUCUCUUCAUUGACCAAGUGAUAUUAAUAAGUCCCAUGCUCUCUCUUUAUCUUUGCAAAUUAAGCCUACUGUAUCGUACGAGAAAAAAGAGGUUAACAAUUAUAUAGCAUAGUGCGCUAUAAUGUUAUGGCAAAGUGGUCCACGGCUAAUGUUUCAAUGGUGAAUGAAUUGAACAAUUUUUCUUUGUUUUUAUUAUCUUUUUUAAUUCUUAAGUUACCAUCGUUUGUUAACUUAACUGUGCAGUUUGUACAGUGUUUAUUGGAUUUAAGACAGUGCGAUGGGAAAAUGUUGACAUUCCUUGCUAUUGCAGCUUUGAAUUCUUCGAUAUGGCUUUAUUUCUCAUAAGGAAGAUAAUACAUUGAUUGACUCAAUAUUGUUAUACAUCAGUGAGGUGAAUGAACCUGUGGGAUUUUUUUUAUAGAUCUGAAAGAUAAGACGAGCUGAUGAUAAUUUGAAAGAAACAAUGAAUAAUGUAUUUAUCAUGUGCACAGUUACGUUAAUAGCGACCAACUCAUUUGAAAUGUACCAGAGAGUACAAGGUACAAUCCUAGCUUACAAUUAAAUGCGUUUUAUAAAAGUAGAACUAUUCGACAAUGUGUUGUUUGAAGUCACUGAGUAUGUACUUUUUACGAUAUUAAUUAUUAUUGAAGACUCAAAGCAUACUAACUCAAUUCUACAUUAAUUUGGAUUAGUGUAUGCUUGUUUGUAAUUAUGUGUGAAAUUGUUAAUCGUUUCAGACAAAGUUGUAACAACACAAUGAUAUUGAGUAUUGGGCAAAUUGCAUUAUGAAACAUUUAAGUAUUACGUUCAGUAUAAUUGUGUUUGAAAAAUCAGUAUUUCUCAUAAUGCGGUCACUAUUAUUACCUUCUUUUUUACAUAACCAAACUCUUGAGAGAAGACCCAUUCAUGUUUCAUUAAAAAUGUGUCAUUCGAUCUCUGGUACAUUUCCAAGAUAUCAUCAGCAAUCGAACUAAUGAGAAACAUACAGAAUUCUUUGUCUUUAUAAUUUAACCGUAUUAGAUUAAGCAUUUUAUAUUUAUAUAGAUUAUAUAUGCGAGAGCGUUGUUUUUCAUUGUGGACAGGUCCGCAGCGUUAUAAAUAUCAUUUGUAUAUGAUAGUACAUAAGUUCACAUUUAAUAUAUUAAGUUGAUUUAUAUAUUAGCUCGAUUACUGAUGAAACAAGAAAUAAGCUCACUUGAAAUCAAGAUUACUAUACGAAGAGGGUCUGUUGUCAUCCCAGCUAGGCGCUAGAAAUAAUUACUUACAAUUAGACUGUGUAAUAUCGAUAACGACUUCAAGAAAUCGUUAAUGUUUAUCCAGGACGAAUAACGAGAUUAGGAACUAUGUGGCAAAUGACUCAGAAAAAAAGUACAGUUAGUUCCUUUUUUGAUUUUAUUGAUACGUCAGUAAGGCAAUUGUGCAAAAGAACGGUUACUCGUAGUACAUUCUAUUAAAAAAUUGCUUGAUAAUAGCGUGAUAUAGUGUUCGUUGGCAAAUGUAAUGACAAUAUUAUCUAUUCGUAGAAAUUAUUAUGCGUAUUUACGAAUCUCUCCAUAUACUCUGCAUGAAGUCAAUGGUUUUCUUUCGGAUCAGCUAUUUUAGCAAUGAACGAAAGAUAUAAACGAAGGUAACGCUGUGGUAUCCAAAAGGUGAUCUCUUUGUGGGAACCUUUGGAAAAUUUGAAGCAUAGCUUCCUGUAUGAUUUAAAAAAUAGAAUACGGUGUCUCGCGCACAAUCGUCCGAUUAUCUACGAGUAACGUGAUUCACUAAAUGAAAGAGUGUCUAUCGUAAUAUAUAGGACUGUCAAGGAACAUUGUAAUUAUUCUUAUUGCAAAAACAAUGUUUCGAAGUUUGCAUCAUCCUGCCAUACUUCUGUCAUACGCCUUUGUUCCCACACAGUAUAGAUAUAUGUAAAGCAAAAUUUAUUAAUCGAUCAUACAAAAUCAUCGACUCGAAAGAAAAAAAAAUACAUUUUAGAUAAAAUUGUGAGAAUGUUUUUUGUUGAUUUAAUCGAUAUAUUGCAAGGAAAAUUAAUCUGACUAUAGAAUCUCCAUAUAUUCGUUUAUUAUCUUGCUUUUUUCAUUUCUAUAUUCUUAAUUUUAUUCAAUUAACGUUGUUCGCAAAGACUGAAGAUUUAUCGUAUAAUUCGUGCGAAACAUUUAGGAAAUCGCUAAAGAGAUUAUAACGUUGAAUUUUGCGGUAUUUUGCAAACAAAAAGAAGAAACUGAAUUUACUCUCUGUUUUGCCAGUCGAGAGCGAUGGCUUAGAAAAAAAAAAAAAUUGUUAACCAUAAAAUAAGAAAAUGUGAGAAAUACAAGAGGACAAUUAAUUGCGCAAGAUUCAGCAUAUUAUGUAAUGCGCGGUAACAGUGCAUGAGAAAUAUAUUUAUUUUUAAUAAUUUGAAAUUCUCGCGAUAACUCAAGUAUAAAGGUUCUCCAGACUUGAAGCUCUCGAUGCUGAAAGAAAGAAGAGGAUAUACAACGAGCUUGCUGUAAGCUCGUAAUCGUUUAAGACCAAACUAUAAAAUUUAAUGCCAUAGUAUUUAACAACUAAUGAUUAAUAGUAAUCUUGUUUUUGAGUAUAAAGGACCCACCGUUUGUCAGCCUGAA